AUGAAAAGUCUACGACGGGAUCUUUCGACAGAUCCGCACGCCGCAAAUGUCACCAGCAAAAUCUUUGUCCGGUCCACGAAAAGUGGAAAGGUUCAAAAGAUUGUUCGAGAGCUUUACUUGAGACAGGACAUUCCUUGUUCAUCCAAGCUAUGCUCGAUCUGCCCAUCUGUUGCGCCCACAGAUGCAAAUGGAAACAUUGCGCCGUUCGUCCUUUCGGACCAACCUGCUGGCACAACGGCCUUCCCCCGCGGCCAUUACCUCGUCCCCGAUACGAAUGCGCUGUUAAAUGGAAUGGACCUGUUUGAACACACUGGAGCCUUCUACGACGUGGUCAUCCUUCAGACCGUUCUCGAAGAACUUAAGAACCAGUCGCUGCCCCUCUACAAUCGCCUGCUUUCCUUAAUUAAGACCGACGAAAAACGCUUCUACCUAUUCUUCAACGAAUUUCGGCUAGAGACUCAUGUUCGGAGAAACCCAGACGAAUCGAUCAAUGAUCGGAAUGAUCGCGCCGUUCGCGCCGUUGCGAAAUGGUACACCGAGCACCUCCGAGCGGCGGCGAAGAGGGGAAAGAAGGAGAAGAACCUACCAACCAUUGUCGUGCUUACAGAUGAUAAAGAAAAUUUGCGAAAGGCAAAGGAGGAGGGUGUGACGGCCCUGUCGCUGUCGGAUUAUGUUUCCGGCCUCGAGGAUUCGGACAGACUGCUCGACAUGAUUAACGAGUCAAGGGAAGCAAGAGAAGCAAAGGGCGCUCGUGGGGAACUCUUCUACCCCGAAUACUACACCAUGUCGAAGAUCAUGACUGGCCUGAGGGCUGGUACGCUACAUCAGGGUGUGUUCAACGUGUCGCCUUACAACUACCUGGAAGGUUCUGUCAGUGUUGCGGCAUUCGACAAACCGCUGAUUAUUUUGGGCCGUGAAAACAGCAACCGCGCCAUCUCUGGGGAUGUUGUGGUGAUCGAAGUCUUACCCAAAGACCAGUGGAAGGCGCCUUCGACCAAGAUUGUCGAAGAAGAGGCCGUGACAAAGAACGACAACCCGGAAAGUGAAGACACGGAAACUGUGGUGACAGAAAGGGAACGGAAGGCGCUUCAAGAAGAAGUCAAGAAGGCGCAUGGAAAGAACUCUGAGGGUAAACCCCAGCCAACGGCUAAAGUUGUCGGUGUCGUGAAAAGAAAUUGGCGGCAGUACGUCGGGCAUGUUGACUCCGGCUCAACAGGUGCGCAGGGUACCUCCGGACGACGACAACAGACGGUCUUUGUUUUGCCCAUGGAUAAACGUGUGCCGAAGAUCAGAGUCCGGACUCGUCAAGCUGCCGACCUUCUGGGACAGCGGAUUUUGGUUACUAUUGAUGCCUGGGAUCGUGAUUCCAGAUACCCUACCGGGCACUUCAUUCGCUCACUCGGAGAGCUGGAGACCAAGGGCGCCGAAACAGAAGCCUUGUUGCUGGAGUAUGAUGUGCAGUACAAGCCCUUCCCCAAGGCAGUCUUGGACUGCCUUCCUCCAGAGGGCCAUGACUGGAGAGUUCCAGCUAGCAAGGACAAUGUUGGCUGGAAGGGACGGAGAGAUCUCCGUGAUCUUCUCAUUUGCAGCAUUGACCCUCCUGGCUGUCAGGAUAUUGAUGAUGCUCUGCACGCACGCCCGCUGCCGAAUGGUAACUUUGAAGUUGGUGUUCACAUUGCUGACGUAUCGCACUUCGUUAAGCCCAACAAUGCUAUGGAUCUCGAAGCCAGCCUUCGCGGAACAACAGUCUACUUGGUGGACAAGCGUAUCGAUAUGCUUCCGCAUCUUCUUGGAACGGACCUUUGUUCUCUGAAGCCUUACGUGGAACGGUAUGCUUUCUCUGUGCUCUGGGAAAUGACUCCCAACGCGGAGGUAGUCUCUGCUGAUUUCACGAAAUCUGUCAUUCGUUCCCGGGAAGCUUUCAGUUAUGAGCAGGCUCAGAAGCGCAUCGACGACCCCUCCCAAAAGGAUGAAUUAACAGAGAGCAUGCGCACUUUGCUGCGGUUCUCCAAGAUACUUCGCCAGAAGCGUAUGGACGCCGGAGCCUUGAACCUGGCUUCCCCCGAGGUCCGCAUCGAAGCCGACAACGACGAGGUUGGAGAUCCCCUGACCGAUGUGAAGACGAAGGCUAUGCUGGAGACGAAUAGCCUGGUCGAGGAAUUCAUGCUUCACGCCAAUAUUACUGUCGCAUCGAAGAUCUACAGCACUUUCUCGCAGACCGCUCUGCUACGACGUCACGCCACACCCCCGCCCCAGAACUUCGAGGAGCUCACGAAUCAGCUGUCUAAGAAGCGGAAUAUGAGGCUCGAUGUAUCCAGCUCCGGCGCGCUGGCUGAUUCGCUCGAUCGUUGCGUCGACGAGGCCAAUCCCUUCUUCAACACGUUGGUCCGUAUUCUUGCCACUCGGUGCAUGACGUCUGCAGAGUAUUUCUGCGCAGGUGCGCAUGGCGAGUCAGAGUUCCGCCACUACGGAUUGGCCUCUCCGAUCUAUACCCACUUCACCUCUCCGAUUCGACGAUACGCAGAUCUGUUAGUGCACAGGCAACUUGCGUCCGCCAUUGGAUACGAAGGCGAGGACGGACGCGCGCCAGUCGAAGGCGUCAUGACGCGGAAUCGACUGGAAGACAUCUGCCGCAAUAUCAACUACCGCCACCGCAACGCCCAGUUUGCCGGUCGUGCCAGCAUCGAGUACUACGUCGGCCAGGCACUCAAGGCACGUGGCGAGAAGGUGUCGGCCGACGGAGUGGACGGCGGGAUUGAAGAGGAAGGCUAUGUGAUGCGUGUUUUUGAAAACGGAGUGGUUGUCUUUGUGCCCCGUUUCGGAAUCGAAGGUGUGGUCCGUCUGGAAGAUUUCGUUCUCCCCGGGGACUCGGCGCUGAAGUCCGUGGAGGAAAGACGCGAGCUCGUGAUCCGCCGCGAGAGUGACUUUGACAACGAGGAGUACACUCUUCACGUCUCAGACAAGGGACAGACCGACAAAUCCCGGGGCUUGACCGUGGAACUUUUCCAGAAGGUCAAGGUCAAUGUGAGCUCUGUGAAGGAAGAGAGCGGACGGGGCGCAGGAAAGAGACGGGUGCGGAUCCUGGUACUGGGGGGUCAGAAAUAA